AUGAUUGUUGAAGCUCUCAAUGAUUAUAGUGCAUUUCUUUUUCAAUUUGCACCCUACACUGAUAAUAUUACACAGACCAGUGAUCGAAGUUGUUUAAUUUCAUAUUUUGAUUAUUCACAAUUUAUCUAUACUAUUGCUCUCGGUAUAAAUCAAUCAACUUAUGACAUUUUCUUUGUUGGUGAAAUGAUUGAUCUCGAUAAACAAAUUCCAUUGGAAAAUCGUACAUUUGUUGGUAUCCUUAGUUAUACAGGCUCUCUCACUACAAUCGAUUGUGAUACUUUCUAUGGUACUACGCAAUUUAUUCCAGGAACCUUUGUUCAUCAAGAACAUUUAGUAAUGGUAACUGAUUCAAUUGGUUCGGUUGCAUAUGGUUUUUCUGAUCUCUUUACAUUCUCCUAUACUGCAGCUACAGACAAUUUAGUUGUUUAUAAGACGAACUCACUUUCUCCUUCAAUAUCAUUUUUACCUUUUGCUGUUGAUUAUAAUGGUAAUCUAGGUGUUAUUGCUGGCUUUCUCGAUAAUGGUCGAAAUUCACGUAUUAAAUAUCAUGCAACUAUUAUCCUAUUUAGUAUCAGUGCGUCAACAGCUAUUGCAACACCGAUCAGCUCAUGGAAUUAUUCAGCGAGUGCAACAUCAUGGCAAUCUGGAUUAACAAAUGUAGGAGCUGAUCAGUAUGCAGCUAAAUAUGACAUGUCUGUCAGUAUAAAUCCAAUAACAACACAAGUUCUUGUUGGCAUACAGUCAAUCAAUACAGUAUUUCUAUUCCAUUAUACAAGAACAGCAUUGACAUUGCUUAGUUCAAUGAGUCCUGGGCAGGCAAUUGGUUUCGGUAAAGGUGUUGCUUGGCUUAGUUAUACUUUCAAUAGGUUUGCCAUUCUUGUUAAUGUUUAUUCAACAGAUUAUGUUUGGAGUUCUUCAAAAAUCUAUAUAUAUGACAGUACAUUAACGAAUAUAUCGUCUCCAAUCUCUAUUUUCCCAAAUAUUCAACAACCUCUCUAUAAUUAUAUGUCACCUGUUUUUCUCAAUAUUAUCACAACUCCAGACAAUUUAGUUCUUCUCGAUAACCAAGGUGAUCUCUUUGUUAUUGUAUCGGCUCCUGUUGGUUAUUACUCUUCAACAGUUGGUCCAACUGAACAAAUUAUACCUGCAUUCUCUUCACAAUUACCAUGUAUUCCUGGUACAUACAAGAAUAUAACUGGCAUCGGUCGAUGUAUACCGUGUCCAGCAGGCACAAAAAAUGAUGGAGUCAACCUUACAAUAUCAACCUGUGUCAGUUGUGCAGUAAAUACAUUCUGUCCAUUUGGUUCUACAAGUGAUUCUAUCUCAAAUGAUCAAUUGAGUAAUGUUAUUCAAGCACUUGCUUAUCCAUCAACACCAGAUAUGAACGGAAUUGAUGAUAUCCUCUUUUUUACACUAUUUUCAAUUGAUUCAUCUCCACGUUGUAUUAUUAUUUCGCCAAUCUUUUGGGCCUUAAUCGUUGGUGCUAUCGUAGCUAUUAUUGGAAGUACAAUGCUUACGAUGAAACAUUGUAUGAAACAUCCAAAAGCUGUAGAUAGAUAUAACAAGUUAGAAGCCGCAUUGAAACAAGCAGAUGUUAUUGGUGCAGGUGAAAUGUGGGUCGGGGGUCUUACUACAUUUUCUGUUUUAGUACUCCUUAUUGCUUGUUAUGUAUUCAGUGCUAAAUAUUAUAAUUCAUAUCCAAUUGAAAAAGCUGGGUCUUCGACAUAUGCAUGUGAUACAACUAUACGGAAUGCACUAUUUACUUCAAGUUUACAGCCGUUGUCAAUACCAGUCUCAGACAGUGCUCAAGCAAUAGUUGACUUAUUAAAUAAUCAACCAGUAAAUCUCAAUGUCGCUUUUCUCAAUACAGCUUACAAUUGUACAUCAGAUACGAUUACAUUGACGUAUCUCUUAGGUAAAAUAUGGAUGCCAAUCACAACAAGUAUCUCCUGUAAUUCUUCAAACUAUAUACUUUCAUACAAUGUUCUUUUACCAUACAGAGAAAUUACCAUACAAUUUAAUUUACCUAACAUAUAUACGAUUGGCGGACUACGCAUUGGUCUUAGUGCACCUGGCCAAAUUCAAUCUUCUACAGUAACACUCCAAGAUUUAGACUUCUCUCAAACAUUCAGUCAAAGUGGACGUAUGUUAGGACAAGAUGCAACUAUCGCUCUCUCUCUGACGAAAGUAAUUAAUGAUACAAGUUCACUUAAUGUUGGAGAUAAUGAUACAUAUAGUGGCCUUUGGAUUGGUUCAGUUUCAAUGAAUUACUAUGAAUCUUUCUUUGAAGACACUGAUUAUUUGAAUGCACCAGUUACAAGAUCAACAAAUUUGACAAUAACUAUUAGUGAAACAUCUUACUAUAUACUAAAUCAACAGUCACCAAUCGCUAGAUUACCUAUACUAAUCUAUCAUUGUUUCCUAUUUACAACAACAGUCGUUGGAUCGUUCACUUUCAUAUUUGUUAUAUCCAACUUGAUGAUUUUACCCGUUUCCGCUUUACUUGUUCGUAAAUAUUGUAAAUCGCUUGCUGACUUCCUCGGAAAGUUUCCUUUUUUUAUUUCGAUCGUCGCUGGUGAUGUUGAUGCUUUGGAACGUGUUGCUUAUGAGUUUGUCGAAGAUCAAGCAAUACAAGGUGUGCUCUACACGGAAGCUCGCUACAGUCCUCAUUUUUUGACAGCUGAUAUUCUGACACCUGAACAGGUUAUUGAAGCAAUCAAUCGAGGAUUCGAACGUGGCAAGAACGAAUUCCAUGUCGAUGUUCGUACGCUACUAUGUUGCAUACGUCCACAUCCUGAAUGGUCAAUGGAAAUUGUCGAGUUUGCACACAAAUAUCGAUCAGCGGGUGUAGUUGGUAUAGAUCUAGCUGCUGGUGACGAGCAUGAGCAUGCCGUUGCUCCUCAUGUGGCUGCUUUUCAGCGUGCUACUGAGCUCGGCAUACAUCGUACUGUACAUGCUGGUGAAUCAGGUUUGGCCGAUUCUGUUCGUCAAGCAAUUGAACAAUGUCAUGCUGAACGAAUCGGGCAUGGUUAUGCCAUUAUUGAUGAUCCAUCCGUAUAUGAACUUAUUCAUAGUAGAGAUAUUCAUCUUGAAUGUUGUUUAACAUCAUCAUUACAAACGAAUGCCGUUGGCAAAUAUGCACCGAAAGAUUGUGACAUAGAAGAAAAACAUUUGAUGUUGAAUGGUCAAGAAACGAAUACCAAACUUCAUUUACAUAUGACAUCGAAGAAAGAAGUGUGGCAUCCUAUUCAUCAUUUUGCUCGAGAUCAUCUCAAUUUUUCAUUAUCAUGCGAUGAUCCAUCUGUAUCACAGAUUACCAUCGAACAUGAAUAUAAACAUGCAUUAGUCGAUCUCAAAUUAUCACCAGCGCAGCUUACUCAAUGUAUCUUCAAUGCAGCACGAUCAUCAUUUUUGCCUGAAAAAGAAAAGGAUGAAUUAAUUAAACGAUUGUUAGUUAAUUAUAUUCCAAAAGGUGUUCUUAAACAUUACUAG